GUUUGACGUUUAUCAAAACCAUGCGGUUUUCCUGUGGUUUCGGCAAUUAUUUUCGUUCGUGUACUUGUUGGUGAAAGAUUGAAGAAAUUAUAUUACAAAUAAACACAACAUGUUUGUUGAGCCUGCUUUUCCACGUGGAAGAAAUGUAGAAACCGAGGAGGACGAUGGGCCAUUGCGAAAACGUGAAAGGCAUAACAAUUAUGGUGUUUGGACACAAGAUGACGAAAAGGAAAGACAACCUCGUCCUAGAGAACGCAGACGAGCGAUAUUUAAUGAGAAAGAAGAAGAAGAAGAAGAAAUAGAGCAGUCACUUCGGGCGGACAAUCUUUCCUACAGAACGUUACAGGAAGGCAUGCUGGUGCUGGCGUGUGUGAGCCGAGUUUUAAAGACCUCGCUGGAAAUUACAAUGCCCGGCCGAUUGCAUGGUGAAGUGCCAAUUUCGGCCGUAUCCGUUGUGUAUUCGGAGCAAUUGAAAAAUAUGGAACAGCGCAAAGGAACAACGCGUAACUGUAAGCCACUGAGCGAUUUUUACAGUAAAGGAGACCUGCUGUACGUGAAAGUAAUGAGCAAAUGUAAGGGCAAAGCUAUAUGCUCCCUGAACCCAACCGACUUGCACAGUGAGUUCGUCGCAAGUCAGGUCGUCCCCGGAAUAGUCUUGGCAGCUACAAUCACCGCAGAAGAAGAUCAUGGUUAUUCAAUGGAAACGGGCAUUCGCAACGUGCGUGCCUUUCUACCGCAAGGUAACCUGAAUGGCAAUUCAACCGCAAUCGGGAAAAACCUUUUCUGUUCGGUACAAAAAGUUACUCAGCGUAGCGAGCAAGGAGCGUUGCUAAUUCUGCGAGCGUUCAAAGAAUCCGAACGUCGUACGUUGGAUGUUGGGAUGGUUAAUAUUGAUCAGCUCGUACCGGGCUGUACUAUUCCGUUCACCGUGGGGCCGCCCGUACGCAAUGGGCUUCGUGGAACGCUGUUUGACGAUACAGUAUCAGCGUUUGUGAACCAGAACAUGUUCAAAACGCCAAUCUGCAAACCGGAAGACUACACCUUGUUCAAGCAAAUGAAUGUGACCUUGCUGUACGUGUUUCCCGUGACGAAGCAAGUAUUCGUGUCAAUGGUGCAGUAUACGGGCAAUAAGAUACCGGACGGCAAAACUAUGCCACAGGGAUCCAUUAUUGAAAAAGCGUACGUCGUGAGCGUUACGAAAUACGGCGUAUGGUUUCGCUUCCUCAACUGUCGUCGAGCCUUUCUGUCGAAGAGCAUCAUUGUGAAAGGUCUUGCGCCCGGCUGUAACUACGAAGAUACCGUUGUUUCAGGCAAGUACCAUGAGGGAUCGGUUCACACGCUUUACGUCAUUCGCUAUGAUGUGCUCGAUCGAUCGUACAUUGUGUGCGACAAAAUGGAGAAUGCUAGCGAGGAGACGAAAUCCUCAAACGAUAUCAAUGCCGGGCAGAAGUAUAUUGGCAAGAUAAUAAAAAUGGAAAAUGGUAGACUGCACGUGAACGUGGGUGAUGUAGAAGGUUUCAUCCCCAAACAAUACCUAGACCCCAAAACAGUCGUCAAGGAAGGAGCAACCAUACGCUUGAUGGCCGUUACUAGUUCAACUUUUACCAAUCAUGUAAAGCUCACGAGAAAAGAUGCAAAAAUUCUUCGCUUCUGGUCUCAGAUUCAGCCUGCCGCUGAUAAACCUCUAGCGUUCGACGGUCUGGUGGUAGAAGAGCUGCCGGAUCAUUUCGUCGUGGCGUUUUUCAACGACGUGCGAGGAAUAAUGUACAAAUCACAACAAAAAUAUGAAGCUAAACAGAAUGAAGAGAAACUACGCCAACUUUGUUGCGGAUCCAUCGAACGAUUCACCGUACACCAGUACGAUAAAACCAGCAAAACGCUGAUAUUAUCUUUGCCAGAUAACAUGAAAUGGAUUGAAAUGGUGACUGUCACCGUUACAGCCAUUCAUCCGACUAAGGUAGAAGUUGUGAACACAACGAACAAGCAGAAGGGCAUAAUACCGCUGGAAUUAUUGUCUGUUUUCCACGAGCACGCACUGCCGUACUUGAAUCUACUCAAAGAAGGUCAAGAGUUGAACACGGUUAAGCUAUGUAAAGGAAUAUACAGUGUUCGUGACGUCCGUUACUUCCAGUACAAACCAUUCCUGGCUGAACAGGUGAAGAAGGGGGAUAUUCUGCGCGCAUCCUGCUAUACGGAGAAUAGCGAACUCUACAUGAAUUUACUGUUAAUCGAUUAUGAACAUCGAUUUAAAAUUGGUCUACCAGAGGACAUCAAACGGAACGUCCCCAAUGGGUCUAUUAUGAUGGUAGGAAUAAAAGAAAUUCAACAUGAAUCGUGGGGCAGCAGAUUUGUGCACUCUUACCGUUUGAACGACGUCUGCAAACUGGGGAUAGAAAGUGUUUUGUUGUACAUGACAGACUAUUUGGAGGAAUGGAUCGGUUUGGUCGAAAGGUUCAAGCAGGAGGGCAUGUCGUUUGCAAAAUUUAAUAUCGCCCAAAUAGUAGACUGUACGGUGGAGGAGGUGAGCGAGGAACGCGAAAUGAUCGUUCGAGUACACGACCCAUCAAACUUGGAAUGCACCGCCAAAGGUAUUGCAAUGAAAGCUAGAAUGCCAAUGCAAGAAGCUCCCAUUCGAUACAACGUCGGAGAUAGAGUGCCCGGUCGUGUGUUGUGGAUUGAUGUGCAACAAAAGCUUCUGCACGUUUGCAUCGAUCCACCGAUACUUCAACGAAUCGGAACUGAAAAUCAAUGGAACUUUUCUGAUCAGCCGAUACAAUAUCGAAGUGUCGAUGUGCUAUUCCAAAACGAUUACAUAAAAGUGUGCUGCACCAACGGUCCCCAAGAUAAGUUCCCACCGUUGCUGGUUCCAAAUCGAUGUCACUACAAUGAUAUGCGAAAGCAGCAACCGCCGUCCGAUAAAAUCUCGGUGCACGUGGCGAAACAGUUUGGUCCGUUUCUUGUUGGUUUGGAAAAAAAAGAUUUAUUGUUAUUCAAUUCCUUCGCCAAACAACCACUGAAAAUUAACAUCCAAACCGGAAAUAAGAAACCCGUUUUGAAGGAUGAUGAAGCAGAGGAGAGCGGUGGUAAAAAGUUAGCCCAAAGUGAUGCUAAAUCGAAAACAAAACCUAUAAAAAAGAAAAAAUCUGUUAAUGCAAAAAAACAACUACCUUCGCUGGACAAACAGAACAAAAAAGGGAAAACAAAUGGCAAGAAAACAUUAAAUCAAAUGGCAUCCCUUGAAAAGAACGAGAAAAAAGUCAACACGCUUGUAAAGUUGAAUAAGAAAAAGAAGAAGCAGAAGAAAUCGCCAUCAUUUCCAACUAUUGAUCAACUCGAUGGGUGUGACUCCGAUUUGUUUGCGAUUGAACAGUUGGAUGGUGCCGCAACGGACAUUCAAACGGAGGGGAAGGCUGCCACAAAACGGAAAGCAUCUUCUAACCGCAGGGACGGUAAAAGACUCCCCGGUACAACAAACUUCUGGGACAGUACGCCUGUUUACAAGCAACCACAAUCUGAUUCCAGCGAAGACGAAAACAGUGACGAUGAGCAGAAGGUCGUUUCCAAAAAGCGGCUAACCGCAAAGGAACGCUUCGAGAUCAUAAAACUAGAGGAGGAACGCCUGCGAAAGAUUGAGGAAGAGCUAGCGAAUCCUUCUACCGAUCCGCACACGCCCGAUCAGUUCGAGCGGUUGGUACUGGCGCAGCCCAACAACAGCAUGCUGUGGAUUCGCUACAUGGCAUUCCACAUGGAGUCAGCCGAGCUGGACAAAGCGCGGGCGGUAGCGCGGAAGGCACUGAAGACAAUAAACUUCCGCGAGGAAGCGGAACUACUGAACGUGUGGAUGGCGCUACUCAAUCUGGAGAUACGCUACGAGACGGUAGACAGCUUCAAGGAGGUCCUGCAGGAGGCGAUUCAAUACAACGAUGCGUUCAAGGUGUAUUCGCGGGUGUUGGACAUUCUGAUCGACUGUAACAAGCACACGGAAGUGCGGGAGCUGCUGGAACUGCUGCAGAAAAAGUUCCGCAAGCAGAACGACAUGUGGUACCUAGCGGCGGAUGCGUGGUACCGCAUUGGACAGAUUGGCAAAGCAAAACCGUUGCUUAGUCAAGCGCUCAAGUCGCUGCCGAACAGGGAUCAUAUUCCUUUGAUAGUUAAGUUUGCCUUCCUCCACAAUCGCCACGGGAACCGCGACGAAGCGCAUCUGCUGUUCGAGCAGAUCCUCACCUCGUACCCGAAGCGUACGGACAUCUGGUCACAGUACGUGGACAUGCUGGUGAAAGACGAGCUGGUGGAGAAUGCGCGCCAAAUACUGGAGCGCGCCGUCGUGCAGCGUCUGCCGAUGAAAAACAUGAAGACACUCUACACAAAGUACGUUAACUUUGAGGAGAAACACGGUAAUCGCGACAGCGUGCGACGGGUAAAGCAGAUGGCCACAGACUACGUUCAAGGGCAACUGAACCAUGCGGGCAUCGUAAGCAAGUAAUGCUUAAUCGCCAAUUCGAUGCAAGGAAAGAGAGAGAGAGUUUUGAUAUGUUUAUGUGAAUAAUAAAACAAAACAUCAUAUACAAACAUCGGCAAAACUUUUUUUCAAAAAUGUUAUAACAUUUUAUAUUUUUAUUCUUUAACAACGGAUAUCGUAUGCAACU